UUUCGUCCAUAAAGGAUAGCGUCGAUGCGCUGGAGCAGAAUGCCCAACUGGCGGUGGAAUACUCGGGGGUUGUGCUGGAGAGCGCGACGAACGCGUCCCGGGCUGCCCAGGAUGCAAAGGAUUACGCAGAGAAGGUGGCGGCUAACGCCGAAGGAGCAGAAUUGGACCGUCCAAAGGCGCUGGAGUCCGCCAAACAAGCAGCGGCCACCGCCGAGACCGCCUUCGACAGGUCGGACGACGCGAAUUCCAGUCUUCGCAUUGCACUUCAGCAAUCUCGCUCUGUGGGUGGAGCUAUUAACUCUUUCGAGGGUCUCCUGGGGAGUUUGGGAGCAUCUGCGACGCGGGCGCGUGAGCAGGCCAACGCGGCCAAAGGUGCGGCGGAGACUGCGCUGG